UUGUUGUUUUGUUAGGUUUAAUAAACACAAAUCAGAGUGCAAGACAGCAUGAUCGCUUUACCAUCAUAAUUAUUAUUUCAAGCUAUACCGAGCAUAAAAUAUGAUUCAAAGUGAAUUUGGAAAGUUUGUAAAUUAUGUAUUACAUGUAAUAUGUUAGACCAAAAAUUGUGUUUACUUAAAAAGGGAUGUGAUAGAUAAUACAUGCAUGCACAUUCACCUCGUUUGGAAUAGGGGAAACGAGAUCGGAAAGUUUCUAAGUGGUUUUCUGAACAAAAGAGAACAUACUGCAACAAUGAAAUUGGGAUUGACUUCAACACCUCUAAGGCAACGUAACUGUUUUUUAGCAUCUAUACUAAUUUUGGUACCAUGUACAAUAUUGUUUCUAGUAAUAGGAUCAGAUUUUUCAGCUGAGCAAACUAUGGCCCAGCGGGUAGCUGAAUUUCAGAUGCGUAUGCAGUAUCUAGAAUCCAUGUAUCGUGCGAAGCAGGAAGAUGUAGCAAUUUUAUCACAGUAUCUAGGAAUGUCUAGUCAAAACGGAGAUAUGACGAACAUGUCAUUUAACUUAAACUUGCUGGAUGGUUUAAGUGCAAACUCACGAUCAUUGAUUCGAAAUGUGUCUACUUCAGCUAAAUUGCCUGCCAAUUUGAGACUACCAACGGUCUUUCAUUUUCUGCCACAUUUGUUAGACGAUCCUGCAUCUCUUCGACCAGCAUAUUUGCAAUCUAAGAAUAGGCAGGGCGUUUCGAUAGUCCUUGGUAUACCAACGGUUAAACGCGACAAACAAUCAUAUCUGUUAGAAACUGUGGACAAUCUGAUAGCAAACAUGGAUGAUGACGAGCAAAACGAAACUAUGAUCGUUAUAUUUAUCGGGGAGUCAGACAUUGAUUACGUGACGCAGGUAGCUAGCGGAAUUUGUUCCAGGUUUUCUACAUUUAUCGAUAGUGGAUUCAUUGAAAUAAUCGCACCUGCUGCGAGCUACUAUCCAGACAUGACAAAGCUAAGGCAAACUUUAAAUGAUUCCGUUGAACGAGUAAGAUGGCGCUCGAAACAGAAUUUGGAUUUUGCCUAUCUCAUGGCCUACACUCAACCAAAGGGCGCUUUCUAUGUGCAACUAGAAGAUGACAUACUUACAAAAAAAGGAUUUAUCAGUAUUAUGAAGAACUUUGCUCUUGAAAAAACCGCUAAAAAGGAACAGAGCCAAUGGUUCGUUCUAGAUUUUUGUCAGCUCGGAUUCAUUGGAAAAAUGUUCAAAUCCGCUGAUUUGCCAUGGCUAAUUACUUUUUUUCAAAUGUUUUUCAACGAGAAACCAGUUGAUUGGCUACUUUACCAUUUAAUCUAUACGAAAGUGUGCAGUGUUGAGAAGGAUGCGAAAAGUUGCAAACAAGAGAUGUCGAAACUUUGGAUACAUUACAAACCAUCAUUGUUUCAGCAUAUCGGAACAACUUCAUCUUUAAAAGGAAAAGUGCAGAAGCUGAAGGAUAAGCAGUUCGGCAAAAUUCCUAACUUUUACCCGCACAACAAUCCGCCGGCGGUAGUAAAAACUGGGAUUCAGCAUUACAAAUCCUAUACACUUCAGAAGGCCUACAUAGGAGAAAGUUUUUUUUGGGGUCUAAUGCCACAGCCAGGGGAUUUAAUUGAGUUCAAAUUUAACAAUCCAGUAGAGAUUCAAAGAUAUUUAUUUCGAAGCGGAAACUUUGAACAGCCUUCUGACCGCUUCUAUAAUACUACUGUAGAGGUGUUACCAUAUAAUUUAGCUGAAGAUUCUCCCGUUUGGAGUAAUUAUAAUACCACGACCGAUGGAUUUUUAAUUGUUGGUUCUUUCAAUGAGUUCGGAAUUGCUGAGGGUGCCAUGGAUGCGAAAAUAGGUAAACUCAAAGAACUUCGUCUGCACGUUUAUAGUGAUAGCCAGAACUGGGUUAUAUUACGUGAGAUACUACUGCAAAAUUAUACGAUUCGAUGACGAAAACGCUAUCGCAUGUUAGUCCAAUCAAAAGCCCGCCCCCUGGAAAUUCCUCGAGAUUUUUCGAAACUUAGUAGAAUGUGUCUGAAAAAGCUUCAACGCAAAAUAUCAAAGCGCAAUUUACGCUUAAACAAGACAUAAUAGAUAUAUGACGAAGUAAAACGUAAUGAUUUUGCACAUACUUGUUGUGGAAUAUGCUACAUGAUGAUACACGGAAGUUACCAUGAUUGUUAGGUGAUUAAAAAAUGUUGAAACGUAAAUAUAACGUACGUAUGUUAUCGUAUGUUAUUCUGUCAUAAAUGUCAAGUUUCAAAGCAGUAUUGUCUCAUAAAGGUUACGUGUGUACAAAAGCCCUGUAAGUAAAGUUUGGAUGGCUGUCACUGACAUGUUCCCAUCGAACCGUCAAAUAUAGAAAUGAGAAGAAUUUUCAUAUCGCACUCGAUUGUAAUAGUGAAGAAACAGUUUUAGGUACAAUGUACCCAUUAUUGUUAUUUACACUACAAACAUGAGUUUUUUCUGUUUCAAAGCACGAACCAUUUUCGUCGAUGACUCAUAUCGACUGAAAAAUACAAAAAACUCAUGAUUUUGAAACGGCGUGUUGUUUGAUUUGAACAUAACCUAUAAAAGCGCUUCUUUCAUUCAAAUUUUGCACAGCAAAUUCAAAUGAUAGUAUAAAAUGACCAAUUUUUUUGUACCAAAUUAAAAAAACGAAGACAAGCUUCAAAACAUCCUGGGAAUUUCAGUCAUCCAAACUUUGACUGUAAGGUUCUGAGGCCUAAGCACAAUGGAUCCGGUUAACAAUCCGGGUUUUGGCAGCUAUAUUAAAUGUAUAAAAUCUUCUGUGGCAAAUCUCAAAACAGCCGACUUUAAUUUGUGGUUGGUAACUUUGAACGCCACAUCGAUCGGAAAGUCAUUUCCAAGGAAUAAAACCAAUCACGCUUUGCGGUUGAUGGAAAAAAAUCAGUCGGUGUUUACAGAUGAAAAUUCACAGUAUUUUUUCGAAAAUUGUUGCUUCACUGAAACAAGUGAGAAUUUCAUGACACGGUAUGUAUUGCAACAUCAAACGAAUCUAUCCAGUAUUUAAAGAUUUUAUCAAAGAACCGCUGUUUCAAAUAAAUUAUGGUUAUGUUAGUCUUUCACAGAAAGAACUACAUACGAUCUUCUUUUUUUUCGGCCGCCAACUACGUGUAGCGCAAAUACAUAGAACAGAACUAAAAAUAUAAUAAAAUCGGCUAAAACUUUUCAACUAUCAUCCGAAAUAAUUGCGCGUUGAUUUUCCGUUUUGCGUGAGCUUCAGUGUUUAGUACAAAACGAAUAAACCAGAUUGAAAAACGGAAACGCAUACUGCAUUUGCUUGGGCCUUUAGUGUGUACCACAUUUGUAUUGUCAUUUAUAAGCAAGCUGAAUAGCAGUAACUCCUUUUUUAAGAAGUUUUGUUUUCAAAGGAUCUGCCGAAAAGACAUUUAGGUAUUGGGCAAUGAGUGAUAAGAAACGAAACUAUAAAGCACUUUAACUCCUACUUAUGUUGUGUGAUAAAGUAUAGUAAAAGUACGAUAAUACGCUACGCAAUAUAUUAACGGUCCUAAAAUAUUGUGCAUGUGAGACUGUUGUACUUCAACACACAAUUGAAUAUUUGUGAUGCAUGCAAUGAUUUAACAAUUCCUAAAUUGUACACAUAGUUUUAAUAUUAUUGGCCAUGUUUUUUAAAUACAUCGAGUUUUUUUUAUUCUCAA